AUGUCUACCGGAGACCCUGGGUCCCCACUGCCGGCACCGCCACCACCGGUAUCCGCCGCCAGCGUCCAGCCCCCCCGCGACCGGAUCCCGAUAAGCUCGAAGAAGACGCAAGUCACGGGCCCCGCCACCGCCGCACCCAACUAUGCUGCCGCUGCGAGUCAGAUGGCGGCUCAAACACCUGAACAACAGCAACAACAACAACAGCGUGCCAAGGCUCUGGGCAGCCUCCUACAAGCCAUGGGUGCUGUACCCGGAAACCGUAUGGAUCGCUGGGUCCAGGCCAUCUACUUCGCCGAACUCUACCCCGUCGCCACCGCCACAUCGCUGAAAUUUUCGGCCUUGAACGCGAACCGGUCCGUCGAGAACAUCUUCGAUUACGCCCUUGAAGUGACUCUGUCUCACCAGAGCGCCUCGCGAGCGACUCAUGCCGACAAGAUCGAUCUCGUGGCCUGCGUCACGAGCUGCUAUCGCCCAUCUCUCCUAUCUGCUUUGAGCCUGGAGUUCCUCUGCCGGACCAUCUUGCGGCUUAUCAACCACAGAUCUUAGGCGUACAACAUUCAUCAAUCCUGCGUAAUGGGGCGGCUCACCAUCGCGUUACGGUUGGGUUCGUCACCGGCGAGGCACGUGACGCGGCGCUCACGACGCCCCCCGCUCUCACUUGGCGAUCGGCGAAGGCCCGCUUCGCGAAGUCUCACAGGUUCCACCAUAACAUGGUCGAGCUUCGAAUCAACGUCGGUGUUCAAGGAGUGCCCUCCAUGGAUGCCAUCAUCAAAUCGUUCCAAUCACUUGUGCAAGACCUGUCAGCAAGGGACAUUCAUGCCAACUUGUGCAGGUUCUGCGCGUUAUCAGCGUGGACAACGCCUCGGCCUUCGCCCACGUUGCCGGAGACUACUCGGCUUUCCUACACUUCGAUGACGACUCCCUAUUCCAACGCCCCAACACGACCUUGAAGGAGAUUCUACCUUCGAGGAUCGACCUUCCCACUCGAGGCAUCCCGGUUACCGCCCUUCGCCAUGACUAUGAGAAGGAGGCGGCUUGCGGUAGGUGCCACUUUGUGGGUCACGUGGGAACCUGCGGACUGGAUCAGGAGAGGAAGCGGAAGGAGGCUCACAACGGCAUCAUCAACAGCAACAAAAACACCAUCACCCACAACACCAACAUCGCGGAGGCCGAGGCCCCCAUUCCUGUGCUGGUUGUUAACAGGAUCGCAUCACAGAAUCACUUCGCCGGGCUCGAGGUCGAGGAGGGACAGGAGGAAGAGGUAACUGGCCAGGGCGAACAGGGACCGGAGGAAUCGGGGGAGGAAGACGCUGGUGAUAAGGCGGAUGACGAGGACUCGGAGGACUCGGAGAUGGAAUCGGAGCGGCCGCGAAAACGGAGGUCAUCAAAAUUGAAAGCGAGGACGAGUCGGUCUUGGAGGACUGCAGCGGAUCCGAUGGAGAGGUGAUUGAUGAGAAUGAGGUGAUGGCGGAUGAAAGAGGUGAAACGGAAGGAGAGGUGGCUACGGAGAUGGAGGAAGAGGAGGUGGCGACGGAGGUGGGCGAUGUGGACGAAGCGAGGGGAUCGACGAAAGCGGAGAAUGCGGAAGCGACGGACUUAGGGGAAACGAACAGGCUGGACAAUGACGACGACAGCGACGCCACAGCAACCGCCGCACCGCUUCCCGCGAAUCGACGCCGCAUGAACCAACCCCACCUCUGUCACCCGAAACUCUCGCCAAGUCGCUACGCGAGGGGGAGGAGUGGGACAGGAUCAGAGCUAACUGGGUUGAGCAGGCACGACUUGAGCGGGACCAAAGCAUCGAGAGGAGGCUCAACGCUGAAACCCCUCUGGUGCGUCACAACUUUGCCACGUGGGACGAGGACGGUGAGAUACGCUCCAUCAACAUCAGGGGGACCGCUGCGAAGUUCAAGAAGCAGGUGAUGAAGAGGUCGCAGACUGCGGCGGACCUCAGUGACCCAAGUGACGAACCGACCGACGCCAAGCGAGUCAUCAUCAAAGGGAAGAGCCGCGUCGUGGUGAAGGAUGGAAUAGAGGGGCGGAGGGUGACGAGGUCGAUGUCGGCGGCAGCGGCGAUGCAGGUCGAGGUGACGAAGGUGGACAGAGGGAAAGGAAGAGGGGUAGCUGAGGAAAAACGAUGGUCCGACCACGAGCCGAGGACGAUGUCCUGCCCGCCCUUCCCCUCUUUGAGGACGUCACCACCGCCAAGAGCGCCUCGACCUCGACUACCCAUUAAUGAUCAAGCACACCAUCAUCACCUGGAACGUAAGAAGGGGCAUGGGGGUCCCGGAAAACGACGUAAUAUCUACACCUACCUUUCCACAUUCAAAGCUUCCGCGAUUCUCUUACAAGAGCAUUUCAUCAGACCACAAUUCUGGCAGCUCAUCAAGGACGAGUACGAGGGCAAGCUCUUCAUCAACCAGCACUGCCUGACCCUGAUCCCGGCCGACUCGCCCUGA